GAUUUUGCAAAUUAAAAUUACAGAAGCGAAAAAAUGACCACAAAGAUUGAAGUCCAUCCCCAUCGCAACCUAAAUUGAUCAGCAGGAUUGCAUUUAAGGAAUUAUUAUGGACCGUGCGUCAUUCUUAAGAUGUUAAGAACAUCAAAUUAUUACCAUGUUGGUGCUAGAGAAUUAAUGAUAAUAAAAAUAUAACAGCGCAUAUGCAAUUAUGCAUGAGUUUCUUUGCCAGCUGGCUUUCAGCCUUAAUGCUGGUAUGAGGCAAAGAAGGAGAGACGAGGUUUAUCUUCUGGCUAAGACCGAGCAUUUUCUAGGCAGCUCUCCACGUGGAAUCAGCAUUUUUCUGACGGAAAUUGGAACUUUGCAAGCACUUUCAUUGGUAAGAAGUACUUCUGAGCAUGAGUUGCAACUUGAGUUGGAUUCCUGGUCAGUAACAGGUAGAGCCUAGAAAUGCCCCUUCAAUCUCCCCCACCAUGCACCUCCAACCCUAAUCUGCUUAUGAAUUUUAAAUUUGAUGUGAUGCACAGACAUUAGAAUUAUAGAUGAAACAUAAGUAUCCAUGGGAAAGAAAAUGCAAAAAUUCAA